AGCUUCUCGGGGAUGGAGCCGGAAGAGGGGACACCGCUUUGGCGGCUGCAGAAGCUUCCUCCGGAGCAGGGCGCCGGGCUCCUUCACAAAAUCAUCGACGGCAUCUGCGGCCGAGCUUAUCCUGCCCACCAAGAUUAUCACAGUGUCUGGAAUUCAACUGAGUGGAAGCAUGUCCUAGAAGAUGUUACCACAUUUUUCAAAGCCGUAGUUGGCAAAAACUUUUCUGAGGAAGAGACACUCCAGCAAUUGAACCAACUGAAUUCAUGUCAUCAAGAAGCUGUUAUGAAAUGUUUAAAGAGUAGGAAAAAUGAGAUCAAGCAGGCCCUGUUAGGAGAAAUAGUUGAUAUUUCUUGUGCACAGCUGCAGGAUUUUGAUUGGCAGUUAAAGCUUGCCCUUUCCAGUGACAAGAUCGCCACCUUGCAGAUGCCCCUUUUAAACCUUCAUCUGGAUGUGAAGGAGGACGGAGAAGUGAAGCCAUACUCUGUUGAAAUGAGUAAAGAGGAAUUACAGAGUCUGAUCAGCUCCUUGGAGGCAGCUAAUAAGGUGGUCCUGCAGUUGAAGUAGCUGGGGAUGGUGAACAUCAACGCUGUCGGAUUCCAGUGCUGCACCAUGGCAGAGUCAAUGCUGUGAUCGGAGGGGGAUGCUCCAGCAGGCUGAGUAGGCAGCAGCACUGAGAUCACAAAGAUGAAAAUCUGUCGGAAAUCCUAAAGGACAGGCAGUUGUAUGGCUGAUGGGAAGUGCACAGGGAGAAGGAAGACAGCGCUGAAGUCGCAGCCCGUGUUCUCACAGGGAUCGCUUUGUCCCAUUUAUUAAAUAGCUGAGAAGACUUUGUAGAUAACGGAGUAUGGAAAGGUAGAGUCAGUUCUGGAGUAAUGUAACACAGCACAGGCACACUGGGCUGUUCUUAAAUGUGGAUAGCAAGACAUGUUCUCAAUGUGUAAUUGCGAUAUUUGAAAAUAGUGUUUUAGAGCAGAUCCAAGCUACAUAUGUAACCUAGGAGGUUCCAUGUCUUUCUCACGAUUCAAAGAAAAGAUUUUUAAGUUGUAAAGUUUUAGAGAAAAGUCUGUUAUCAGACAUGAACAAGAAAACAUUUAAAAUUUGCAUGCAUAAUUUGAGAAUAGUUUGAAUAGCAUAAAAUUCUAAGAAUUUUGUAAACUAAAGCAUAAACUACAAAAAAUGAGAAUAACAUUGUUACUUUUCACAUGCUCGCUUUCUUGGGAGACCAUGGUCUGAGAAAACCAUGGAGGCAGCUGUCAUGGGUGGUGUGGUUACAUACAAGGGUGCUUUGUAAGGUCUGAAUAUGGAGUUUGAGCUUUUGGAUGGUGACAGAGUAAUUGUAAUACAAACCACUUUUUACCUCAGCUAACUAAAAACAAGCAUUCUGAACAAA